ACAUUGAAAGGCACGGACAGGAAGCGUGUACUGUUGCCGGACACCUGCCGCCGCGACGCCGCUUCUAGACUUUCGUUUUCAUUUCUCGACUCGAAACUGACUUGAUGUGGUUAUAGCUGUUGGAUAACAGAAUCAUGGCGGGGUUAGAGGUGUUGUAUACCUGCUUCGCUGACAGUAUUAGGUGUCCACAGGACGCAGUUGUGUGUUUCGUUCACUGGGACAUGAUAAAGAGUGGAUACAGGUGUGUCGGUUCUGGAGACGAGCCUCGCAGCACUGACAGGAAGUCUGAGCUGCUGCCUGCUGACUGGAGCAGCAGCAAGGAGCUGUACAGUCUGCGAUACAAAGCCAAAGACAGUGACACCCAGCUGCUGCUCAAAGCCAUCGUCGUCGACUCCACCUUGAUCUUCAACCUGAUGAACUCCAGCACGCAGCAGGUGUCCGACUUGACGGUGAACAUCAGCGAUCACGUGAAUGCUGACCAGCUGCACACAUUUGACAGUGUGUUCAAGGACGCGGACGGUUUGUCAGAGAAGGUGAGGACUCAGCUGCUGCCCUCCCAGGACAGACCGUCUUCACAGAAGGCUGAGACGAAGACUCGGCGGGAGGAGGAGGAGGAGGAGCGGAGACGGCGUGGAGAGGACAGCGACCCCCUCCGCAUCCCGAGCAGAGAUCCUCGCCAGGGGACGCAGCCGCGCUGGCCCGACCCCUUGCUCCCUCCGUUCGCAGCAGGAGGAGCAGAUCUGGAUCCCUUCGGGUCUCGCGGCGGCGGCGGGAUGAUAGUGGACCCGUUGAGGUCGGGGUAUCCUCGCUCUGGUUUCGACCCAUCCAGCGGCAUACCAGACAUUCUGCCUCCCGGAGCCGUCCCCCCCGGGGCCCGCUUCGACCCGUUUGGACCAAUCGGACGACGCAGACCAGGGCCGGAUCCCGACCACAUGCCCCCGCCCGGCUAUGACGACAUGUUCAUGUAGUGCCCGGCGGCGUUUCCUGCUUUCCUACUUCCUGUGUGCUCCAUCCCGUCCUCCAGCCAAUGGGAGGGUGGAGGAAAGAGCCCGCCUGCACCUCCCCGAGGGUUCGAUCUGGUUUAGUGAAAUAAAAGUUUUGCCUUUUUUUAUUUUCUCCUGUUGUUUGAGAAAGAAGGUUUGUUUUUGAACUGUUCAUUUCACAUAACUAACGUGCGGACUGUCGGAGUAAAACAUCAGCGCAUCACGUCAGAUCUGAGCUGAGAUCAGCCGCUCAGUUCGCAGUAAAACACCUUAGGAGUUUACCGACCGAUUCAUUGUAAGCUCAUAGGACGUGUCGUUUUUGAAAAUCUUUUGAAGCUUUGUUGUUUUGAAGUGGACUCGUCCUGACGGCCUGCAGGCAGCGUCAGCGGCUGCUUCGCCUGCUUCCUCCGUGACAGCAGGAGGAGACGCCGUCACCCCAUCAAACUGCAUCUUGUGGUUCUGCUUCAUUCAUUAACAAAUUGUUGCCAACCGUUUGUUGACUCAUGAACCUGGUUGAUAAAAUAAUUCACGACUCUGAAACAACCAAUAAAAACGUCAGACCUUA